GGGCGGGGCGGAGCGGAGCGGAGCGGCGCAGAGCGGGAUCGGGGAGCGGAGCGGAGCGGCGCGGGAUGGCGGGCGCCCUGACGGAGGUGCUGGGCGAGGUGCUGGUGGCGGCGGACGGCGAGGAGGUGGCGGUGUCGGCGCUGGCCGCCCGCGGGGUCUCGUUGGUGGGGCUGUACUUCGGCUGCAGCCUCAGCGGCCCCUGCGCGCAGCUCGGCGCCAGCUUGGCCGCCUUCUACGGGCGCUUCAGGGGGGAGGCGGCGGCGGCCGGAGCUCAGCGCCUCGAGAUCGUCUUCGUGUCGGCGGAGCAGGAGCAGCAGCAGUGGCAGGAGGCCGUGCGGGCCAUGCCUUGGCUGGCGCUGCCCUUCGCCGAGAAACACCGCAAGUUUGACUGCCUGCCUGCUGCUGUUGCGUCAUGGCAUCGGCCGAAAUGUUGCAAUAUGAUCACCCUCUGCCCGGAGCACAGCAAGCCCUUCUGCUCUCAAAACAAAGACCAGAGAGCUCUGAGGAUGCUCCUGCUCACCGUGCUGGCAUGGGGAGAACCUGGUCUGUGGAAUGAAGUCCCAAGUGCUGCACUUCAGCUGAAACUGUGGAACAAGUACAGAGUCUCCAACAUUCCUUCCCUGAUAUUUAUCGAUGCCUCUACUGGGAAGGUGGUUUGCAGGAAUGGCCUCCUGGUGAUCCGUGAUGACCCAGAAGGUCUGGAGUUCCCAUGGGGGCCAAAACCCUUCAGUGAAGUUGUUGCUGGACCUCUGCUAAGGAACAAUGGCCAGACACUAGAUAGCAGUGCUCUGGAGGGCUCUCAUGUCGGGGUCUACUUCUCUGCACACUGGUGCCCACCCUGCCGAAGCCUCACACGGGUCCUGGUGGAGUCCUACCGGAAGAUCAAGGAGGCUGGCCAGAAAUUUGAGAUACUCUUCGUUAGUGCAGACAGGUCAGAGGAUUCCUUCAAGCAGUAUUUCAGUGAGAUGCCCUGGGUAGCUGUCCCGUAUGCGGAUGAGGCCAGAAGGUCACGCCUGAAUCGACUCUACGGCAUACAAGGCAUCCCGACACUCAUCGUGCUGGACUCCCAGGGUGAGGUGAUCACACGGCAGGGGCGGGUGGAGGUACUGAAUGACAUCGAGUGCCGAGAGUUCCCCUGGCACCCCAAACCCGUGCUGGAGCUGACAGACUCCAACGCCGUGCAGCUGAACGAGGGCCCCUGCCUUGUUCUCUUUGUAGAUUCAGAGGAUGACGGAGAGUCGGAGGCAGCGAAACAACUGAUUCAGCCCAUAGCUGAAAAAAUCAUUGCCAAGUACAAAGCCAAAGAGGAGGAGGCACCGUUGCUCUUCUUUGUGGCAGGCGAGGAUGACAUGACCGACUCUCUGCGGGAUUACACCAACCUGCCUGAGGCUGCGCCCCUGCUCACCAUCCUGGACAUGUCGGCCAGGGCCAAGUAUGUGAUGGAUGUGGAGGAGAUCACGCCGGAGAUCGUGGAAGCCUUCGUCAGCGACUUUCUAGCAGACAAGCUAAAACCCGAGCCCAUCUAAGGGAGCUUCUGCACCAACAGACAUUAUUUAAAACUAGGUCUCUCUUCCGCCGCUCAUGGAUUCUCCAGCGUGUUCUCACGCCUGACCCAGUAUCCAACCUUCUUGUGGUGCCUUGUUCUACGCAGUGAAUCCUUCUCCUAAGCAAACUCCUUGAGAUGCACUUUCAGCAGGGAGUCGUUGGCGUUCGGAGACUUCGCUUGUGCUUCAUGGUGAUAUAUUCUCUAAUAACCAGGCCAGAACUGUUACCGUACUUACUUUAUACAUGGCACUAGCUAGCAGGCAAAUCUUUUUGCAUGGUGUUCUUCCCAACGUAUGCAUCAGGCGGUGGAUGGGGUUCUCGGGGCUCUUUUCUUCUCCUUCUCCCCUUUCUUUCCUUUCCUACAACCUCCGCUGACUAAAUUACUUUAAGGAAGCAAUAAGGAAAUUGUCCCCUUUGCCCCCGCCCCACCUUCCUUCCCCACUCGAGUAACAGUGCCCUGAUGAGGCCAAACAAAGUCUUAACUGCUGACAACCUCUGAAAGACCACAGCGCAGCCAGGCUUUUCCUCCUCGGGGUGAGAACUUCCUGGGUAGUUUUCCCACCCCACACACCGACAGCCUUAUGCAGCAUUGGCUGCGCACGUCAGGGGAAGUCCAACCGCCCCGUGGCACACAGAUAUCCCCUCCUGCACUGAGCCAGGAGCAGAACACCACCAGGCUGCCCUCGUCUCCCCGUGGUCUCUCCCUUGUGCUCUCCCUGUCCCUUCUCCCUCCUGCUCCUUCUCUCUGGUAUGAAUUGUCGACCCCUCUAUGUUAGUUGUUUUUUGUAGGUGUGUCCCAAACCUGACAGUAAUGGUGCUGUUCUUUAAAAAAAAAAAAAAGAAAAAAAAAAGAAAAAAAAAAGAAAAAAAGAUUCCUCCCCAGUCCCUAGCAGCACAGCCAAGCCCCCUCGAAAGUGACAUUGUAAAAACUGUACAUGGUGAUUGGAACUUUGUAAUAAAACUGAUCUAAUAACCGA